UCGCGCCGUGGAGGCAAAUUUGAAGGGAGCUGAGACCCGGGGGCGCGGCCGAGGCCCGGCGCGGUUUCCUUGGCGACCCGGGCCCUGGAGUCUGGUGACCAUGCCCAUCCGCGCGCUCUGCACCAUCUGCUCCGACUUCUUCGACCACUCGCGCGACGUGGCCGCCAUCCACUGCGGCCACACCUUCCACCUGCAGUGCCUAAUCCAGUGGUUCGAUACAGCACCAAGUCGCACCUGCCCUCAGUGCCGAAUCCAGGUUGGCCGAAGAUCCAUCAUCAAUAAGCUCUUCUUUGACCUGGCCCAGGAGGAGGAGGGGGUCUUAGAUGCAGAAUUCUUAAAGAAUGAACUGGAUAAUGUCAGAGCCCAGCUUUCCCAGAAAGAGAGGGAGAAGCGGGACAGCCAGGGCAUCAUCGACACCCUGCGGGACACGCUGGAGGAGCGCAACGCCACCGUGGAGUCUCUGCAGCGGGCCCUGGACGAGGCCGACAUGCUGUGCUCCACCCUCAAGAAGCAGAUGAAGUUCUUGGAGCAGCAGCAGGAUGAGACCAAACAAGCCCGGGAGGAGGCCCGCCGGCUCAGGAGCAAGAUGCAGACCAUGGAGCGGAUUGAGCUCCUACUCAAGAGCCAGCGGCCUGAGGUGGAGGAGAUGAUCCGAGACAUGGGUGUGGGCCAGGCAGCGGUGGAGCAGCUGGCCGUGUACUGCGUGUCCCUCAAGAAGGAGUAUGAGAAUCUGAAAGAGGCUCGGAAGGCCUCCGGGGAGCUGGCUGACAAGCUCAAGAAGGACUUGUUUUCCUCCAGAAGCAAGUUGCAGGCGGUCUACUCUGAGCUGGACCAGGCCAAGCUGGAGCUGAGGUCGGCCCAGAAGGAUUUGCAGGGCGCCGACAAGGAAAUCGCGAGCCUGAAGAAAAAGCUCACGAUGCUGCAGGAGACCCUGAGCCUGCCGCCUGUGGACAGCGAGGCCGUGAACCGCCUGGUGCUGGAGAGCCCGGCCCCUGUCGAGAUGCUGAGCCUGAAGCUGCGCCGGCCGGCCUUCAGUGAUGACAUUGACCUCAAUGCCACCUUUGACGUGGACACCCCCCCGGCCCGGCCCCCCGGCCUUCAGCAUGGCUAUGCCAAGAAGCUCUGCCCAGAGAAGGCACACUCUCCCACUCAGGACGGUCCCAGGAAGCUGCCCAAAGGCUCCAAGCAGGAGCCCCAGCUCUCGCUGGGCGGCCAGCGCUGUGCGGGCGAACCAGACGAAGAGCUGGCCGGCGCCUUCCCGCUCUUCAUCCGGAACGCCGUCCUGGGCCAGAAGCAAGCCAAGAGAGCCAGGGCGGAGCCCCGCCGCAGCACAGACGCAGUCAGAACAGGCUUCGAUGGCCUUGGGGGCCGGACCAAGUUCAUCCAGCCUACCGACACAACUAUGAUCCGCCCCCUGCCGGUGAAGCCCAAGCCCAAGGCCAAGGCUAAGCAGAAGGUGGGGGCCAGGACAGCGCUCUCUCCCUCCCAGGCCAAGCUGGACACCUUCCUGUGGUAGCGAGAACAGUGAGGCCGACCAACGGCCAGAUUGUCUGUCGCCUCCGACUUACAGCCGAGGACUGGCUCAGCCGGGGGGUGGGGGCAUGGCCCUCUCCCAGGACCAGCCUCAAUGGCGGACAAGAAGCUGGGGCUGGGUGAGGCCCAGAGGAUGCGCUUUCCCAGCGCGCAGCCGGCCCCACCCCCCAUACUGGGCCUAGCGGGGUCGGGGGAGCUGUGGUCAGCUCACCGUUCCUGCCAGCGGGCUUGCUCCGUGUUGCAGGCCCCCAUGUAUGGCUACGACCAGCUGCUGGGCUCCCUCUGAGCCUCCAGACCAGGGCCAUUUGCUGACUGUAUGGACCAAGUGCUCGAGGCUGCACAGGCAGCUUCGCCUGCCCAAGCUUCUGCCUGCCUGGCGUCCUGCUAGGCGUGGCCUGGCCAAGCAGAGGGGCAACGAAGGGUGGUGGUGGGCAGAGGAGGGGCGAGAUUUCUAUGUUGAAAAUAAACAAGAAUCUUUUCUUCCUGUG